AUUUCCCACAUUUCCGCUUGCGAGCUCUGUAGAGGACCAUGAAGCGCCGACGCCGCCUGUGUGCAGGCGCUGCCUCGGCUGUCCUUCUCAACGACCACCUCCUCUCGACCAUCUCGGGGUACCAGCAAGGCCUCUACGAAGAGCUCGUGCCCAUCUACCGCGAGUGGGCCGCGAUGCAGAACGAGGACGGUCAGUUUCUCUUCCUCAUCGACCAGUACCUUCUCUACAUGGACCCCGUGAGUCUCCAGAAGCUUCACGUGCACACCAAACACCCGCGUUUCCUCCUCCACCUUGCGAUCGUCCAAGGCCAAAUGCCACUGCUCUCCCGCUGGCUGCGCUGCGUCGGUACCGCCUGGAUCAACCACGACACAAUGAACUGCGCCGCGCGCCACGGCCAGCUCGAAAUCGUCACGUACCUCGCGACCUCGACACGGUUGCGCUGCUCGGCCGACGCCAUGGCGUACGCAGCUGCCAACGGUCAUCUCGAUGUCGUCAAGUACUUUUACGCGAUCGACCCGGGUCUCGCGACGCCGUAUGCGCUCCACCAAGCCGCCGAGUACGGGCAUUUGCACGUGGUCGCUUUCUUUGCGCGGCGGUGUCCCCAUGCGUUUGCACGCGGCGCAAUGGACUAUGCCGCUGCCAACGGCCACCUCGCGGUCGUGCGGUACCUGCACGAAACGCAGAGCGACGCCAGUGUCUGCUCGACGAACGCGAUGGACUUUGCGGCUGCGAACGGCCACUUGGACGUGGUCAAGUUUUUACACCAAGCGCGCGACGAAGGGUGCACGUGGAAUGCAAUGGACGAAGCCGCGACCAACGGGUACUUGGCCGUCGUCGUCUUCUUGCAUCAACACCGAAAAGAAGGCUGCUCGCGCGAAGCCAUUCGCGGCGCCGCGGGCAAUGGCCACGACGAUAUCGUUGCUUACUUGCGGGACCACGGUCUCGGGUGCAGCCCCCGCGAUGCGUGGAAGACGUAUACGUACGAUGUGACAGAGGACGGUGUGGCGCUAUCCGGCGAAGCCUGGCCGUCGAUCGAAGACUCGCUGGACUUUCUUAUGGACUCGCUGACGCGGUGAUGUUCGUCGAGUCGGACAAACUAAAGUACAAGCCUAACUUACGCUACUGUGUGUGGAG